AUGGCUAUUAUUCCUAAUAAUGAAGACUUUGUCCGCCCUCCACCAAUAGAGCCGACCUCUAUCAUCCGCGUUGUUUCGCCGGCCGGAGCAGUCAAGGAAAGUGCACUGAAAGCCGGAAGAGAGUACCUGGAAACGGCCGGGUACCAGGUAAACCAGCCUGAGACAGUCACGGAGCGCUACAACUAUUUCGCCGGAAACGCAGCAUCACGCGCACAGGAGCUGCAUAAGGCUGUCUUGCUAGCAAAGGGCCAUGAGAGCAUCAUAUGGGCCGCCAGAGGGGGCUACGGAUCGUCGCAAAUGGCAGAGUACGGAUUAACCGUGGAAAUGCUGCACGACCUGCACCAGGAGUUGACGCAGAAUCCGAAAUGGCUUGUGGGCUACUCCGACAUCACCUCCAUCAGCCUGCACUUGUGGGCAAGAGCGAGAGUCCUGGUUCUACACGGCCCCAUGGUGGUCAACAUUACCGAAUACAGUCCCGAAGCCGUAGAAGAGACGUGGAAAAUACUGAAAGGAAGCGAGCCACUCACGCAGGUCUUUACGGGGAACAUUCGCUAUGGAAAGGGCCAAGGCUUGCUUGCAAACGGCAGGUCCCUGGCUGGAAUAGCAUUUGGUCAGAUGACAAUGCCCGAUGGCUAUGCCUCUGACGAGUAUGGCGCGUACGACGUCCUCCUUGUGCCAAAGGUUCUUCACGAGCUGUUGGAACCUCUGGGCAUUCCCAUCAUCACUGACGUGGAUAUCGGUCACGAUACGCGAACCGCUCGACCAAUCGUGCUUGGUGCACAAGCAGAGAUUCACGGAAAUGGGGUUUUGAAAGUGCUCGUUCCUGGCUGUUACGAUGGAGUGAAAAUGUGA